AUCCUGUGUGAUGUCAGUCGUUUUUGCGCGAAGGUGCAGAUGUUGGCGGUCUGUGGGUCUGAAGGUCUGAAACAGAAGGAGAGCUGAAGGAGGAUCUACACGCUGAAGCACUUGACGUGGUAUUAAAGACGACACUUCUGCUGAAAUGGAAAUCUGUGGAGAUAUCCAAGUGAAACAGCUGAACAAGCGUAAUUCAGGUCAGGCGUUUGAAGUCAUCCUGAGCCCUUCAACUCCCGACGCCAAGGUGGAAUGUCCACUGUCCCCUCUUAAAAAGAAAGACAUGUCCAUCGAUGAUAUUAAGAAGAAGCUGGAGGCUGCUGAAGAGAGACGCAAGAGCUACGAGGCUGGAGUGCUGAAACAGUUGGCUGAGAAACGAGAGCACGGAAAGGAAGUUGUCCAGAAGGCCAUCGAGGGAAGCUGCAACUUUAGCAAGAUGGUGGAAGAGAAACUGAAUCAACAGAUGGAAACUUAUGAGGAGAACCGCAGCGCCCGGAUGGCAGCUCUCAACGAGAAGUUCAAGGAGAAGGAGAAGAAGCUGGAAGAAGUGAGGAAGAACAAGGGGGCGCAGAAAGAAGUUGAAAUUUAGUUUGAUAUAACCGAGAACCGUUUUGACUUCUCCAAAGAUUUUGCUAUAUUUUUUUAUCUGAUACUUUCACAACUAUUCUUUGUUGGAUUUGAAUACACUGUUGAUACUGAUGCUGUUACACUGUUAGUUGGUCAUAGUUUAGGUUUUGUGUGGAUAUAGCUGGUAGGGCUGCUCGAUUAUGGAAAAAAUCAUAAUCACGAUUAUUUUGGACAAUAUCAAAAUCACGAUUAUUCAAACGAUUAUUAAUAUGUGCCCUUAUUCUGAAGUCUAUGCUUUAUUUUUUUAAUCACUUCCGGUUCCGGUAAACACCAAGGACGGCUGCGUGUCUUAUUCCUCCGUGAAACCAGUCAGCUGCGCAGCUGAAUGCUUUGGGGGAAGGACUGAAAUGCGCAUGCGCGUCUCUUUCGAAAAAAAUGCUAAAUAAUCGUUUCAACUCGAUUUAUAGUAGUUUGGAGAUCGUUUGACCCCAUAAUCGUAAUCACGAUUAAAUUUCGAUUAAUCAAGCAACCCUAAUAGCUGGUUUUUUCUCUACCUGUAGACUUCUCUUGGGCAGCUGAUUUCAUAUUAUCUUGUAGAAGAACUUCGUUUUUUCAUGAGCAGGCUUUUCAUUGCCAUUGAUUGGUCCUGAUGCUUCAUGCUGUUAAAAUGCAUCAAGGUUUCAACUGUUCUGAGCUGUUGAUAAAGUCUUUUAGUUGGAAUAUACUGUAUGUUACCAUGACUUUAGCAUUAAAGUUUGUUCCCUAAAAUUCUGUUUCUGUCCUUCACAAUUGAAUGUGUUUAUUCUUUAUUCUUUUAAAUAAAAAGCUGUUUUUGUAGCA